UAAUAACAGAAUAGGUUAGAGUAAAGCAGUGUAAGGCGAAAGUGUAUCGCAUGAUUGCCUGUCUUUUAGGAUGCUCGAUCAAUGGUGCAACUAUUGCAGAUUCGUUCGGGAUGACUUCUGUCAUGGUGAAAUUGUUAAAUAUAUAAUGAUAUAUAAUGACAUUUAAAUUAAUGUUUCGCAUUUUGAAAUUUUAUUUCUGAUAUUAGUCUUAAAACCACCUGUACAUUAUGUUGUACUUUUUACAUUUGUUGUAACGAAUCUUACUAUUGUGCCUUGACGAAAGAAACGGAAAGAGAAUGGCUCGACCGAAACAUAGAGUUAAUACGGAUAUAUGUGCUGACUGUGGAGCCCUCGAUUGUUUUAAUCCUUUACUAUAUUGCAUAACCAGAUGCUGAUAAAAGAACCAGGAUGGGCUUCACUGAACAGAGCUAUUUUAUUAUGUGAUGAUUGUUGUGGUAUGCAUCGUAGUCUUGGUCGUCAUAUAUCCCAUAUAAAAUCACUCCACAAAAGUAUUUGGCAUACAAAUUUACUGAAUAUGGUACAUACAUUAAAUGAUAAUGGAGCAAACAGUAUUUGGGAACAUUCCCUAUUAGAUCCUAAUAAUUCAAAAAUCAAUAGAAGGAAGCCACAGGCUAAAGACCCGCUACAUCCAAUAAAGGCUGAUUUUAUUAAAGCAAAACAUCAACAUUUAGCAUUCAUAUUACGUCCAAGUAAAGAGGAAUGUUGUAGCGAAGAAGAAUUAAGUAGACAGCUACAUAGUAGUGUUCGUACAAGUAAUUUAGAAACUUCUUUAAGAUUACUUGCACAAGGUGCUAAUCCAAGUUAUUUUUACAAGGAAAAAGGUACAACACCUUUACACGUAGCUGCUAGAGCAGGACAAGCUUUACAGGUAGAACUUUUAAUAGCCAAUGGUGGUAAUCCUAGUAUGAUUGAUUUAAAUGGACAGACACCUGCUGAAAUUGCAAAAAUGGCAGGGUAUAUAGAAUUAUCAGAACGUAUUGUUGAAUGUAUGUAUGAAGUAUCAGACAGACUGACGUAUUAUGUAUGUUCACGCAAACCCGAUCAUCGAUUGGACGAGCAUAUAAUUGUUCCUGAAUGUACAUUAUUGAGAGAUCAAAGUAAUUUAUGUUUAGAAGGACGAAAUAGAUUACAACUGUUAUCAAACCAUUUACUGGAAGAAUUAGCCAUGGAUGUUUAUGACGAAGUGGAUCGCCGAGAAAAUGAAGAAAUUUGGUUUACAACUGCAUCUUCACCAGAAAGAUGUCCAGUACCAUUUCUGCCAGUGAAUCCACAACUAUCAUCUACAAGAAAUCAAGGUAGACAAAAGUUAGCGAGAUUCACGCUAAAUGAAUUUAUGACCCUUAUUGUAGAUCUACUUAUUGAAGCUCGCAGAAGACAUAUGCUUGCGAAUAAUGCAUCGUUACAAGAUCCAGCCAGUUCUGCGCUUCGCAAGGAACAGCUUGGAAAAUAUCGGUCACAAAUGUCUGAUGAUGAACCUUUGUAUGAUAGCGUCGCGUCUGACGACGAUUAUGCGUUAACAUCAACAGAUAAUGCGAUACCUGAAUAUUCAACACAGUUCAAAAUGAAUAACGAGGAAGCAUUCGCGCCAUUAGCCAGAGGGCUUCCGUCUGUCGUAGAGGUUUUGAAAAAACAAUUAACUCUCUCUGAAUCUACUGUCAGAGAUCUCCGUGAGCAGAUACAUACUUUACAAAAUACUAUAGAACAACUUACGCGUGAAAAUAAUGAACUGAAACAAAUGAUUCAUAUGAAAGAAUCCACUGAUGGUAUCGUUAAUGGUCAUGUCGGUGGUGAACAAGAGCCAGAGUUAGAACCGGUGCUUGAUAUAAAAACAUCUCUUACAAGAAGCAAUCAGCGACCUGCAUCUAUGUACGAAACAAGAGAAGGUUUGAGAAAACCUUCUUCAUGGUCCACAUCUAUUUGUCAGUCAAAACGAGAUCAAGAGACGAUAUCUCGAAGCAACACGCAAAGUAUGUGGGAAUGCGGUGCUCCUAAUCUUCCUCCUAGUGAAGAAGUUACUCGAAGAACUGAACAAGUUACAAGAAGAAUACAGGAAUUAUGGAUGGCUAUGCAGGAUCGAAAACAACGAGAAGCUUUCGUACCUUGUGCAGAAAGAAUCAGAGUUGCUGUUGCCGAGCUUACAGCUAUAUUUCCUCAAAAUCCCAUUGAAGAAAAUAUUAGAUCUGCUUUACGCCAAUUGAACGGUAAUACAGGAAGGCUUCAAGCAGAAUGCUCUGGUCUUCAAAGAUAUACUAGCGAUAUUGAACACAUGGACCGGUGUCUUCAACAAGUACGUUCAUGUGCUUAUGACAUUGCCAAAGCAACGAAGCUUCUUGUUACCCAAUUUCAAACAUAACAAAUCAAAGGCAAAGUAUUACAAUUUAAAUAAUUUUCUACACUUGAUGUAUAUAAGUUGUACAGACACCUAAAAUCGUAAUACUCAAAAUCAUCACAAACAUUUAAUAAGUAUUCAUUUUAUAUUACAUAAAAAUAAUUUGUUAUCUAAUAUUCUUAUGUUUAUUUUUAAUGUAAAUAAUGCAAAUUUUAACGCAUGAACGCUCGUAUAGAUAAGAAACAUGACAUUUUUGAAGAUUCUAUAUAUAUAUAUAAUCUACGUAUAUAUGUAUAGAUUAUAAUUUUUAAUAUGUCGUAAAGACUGAGUAGCCACAAACCAAUGAAUUUUAUUAAUAUGCAAUUUAAGUUUAUACACUUGUAAUUGUUGCUCGUAUAAGCUGGCAUGCAAGAAACAUUAAUAUGGGAAAAACUUUAUUUGUGUGAUAAAGAAAACGUUUGAGUGCAAUAUGGAAAGAGCAAUUCUUAUAAAAUGUUUGUUAACAGCACAUAAAAGUAUUGUGCAUUUUAAUGCAAAUAAUAAAAUUUAUGUUGAGUAA